GUCAACACGAAAGGUCAAGCUUUCUGUAUAAUACCAACAAAACAUUUCCACGAAAAUCUUUUGCCUUUUUGGAAAACCAUUACAUACCACAUGACACAAUUCCAAAGCCGUCCAUGAAAGAAGCUACAUCCCUAAACUCCUCCGUUGCCGGACUUCCAUGUCCCUUUGAAAUUCCGAAGAACAUGGAGCUCCUAAGCCCUUCUCACCGUCCUGACCACACUCUCUCACCUGAUCUCCUUUCUGGGUUCUCUUCUUCCGCCAGUUUCCGACAUGGGUUUGACAGGGCGGCCAGUUUCCCGUUGCCAGAGCAUGUUUCCGACGAUGGAAAUAGAGUAUAUGUGGCCGUCGGAAAGGGUUUCGAGAAAUUCGUGAGCUUGCUUCAUUGGACUUUCAAACGUUUCAAGGGUAAAGAAAUUUGUAUUGUUCAUGUUCAUCAGCCUUCGCAGCUAAUCCCCACUCUCUUAGGAAAAUUUCCAGCAAGUCAAGCAAAUGCUGAAGUUGUGUCUGCGUAUAGGAAGGACGAGAGAGAACAGACAAUGAAGCUUUUGCGAAAUUACUUGAGCCUUUGCUCUGAAGCAAAGGUUAAAGCAAUCUUCAUAACUAUUGAAGCUGACUAUAUUCAGAAAGGAAUUGUAGAUUUGGUGAGCAAGCAUGGCAUUAGAAAGCUUGUUAUGGGGGCUGUGCCAAAGAAAUGUAUAAAGGUGAAAAAGAGCUCCAGCAAAGCAAAUUAUGCCGCCAAAAAUGCUCCCCCGUUCUGUGAGAUAUGGUUUGUUAACAAAGGGAAACAUGUAUGGACAAGAGAUGCUUCUGAAGGCCCAAGUUCUUUGCCUUCAUGUGGUCAGCCACAGAGCGAAAGCACUGAAAUCUUUAAGUCUAAAUCAUUUCAAUAUGGUAAAAAUAAGUUAAUCCACCCAGAUUGUCUUCAAUCCAGUUCUGCUGAGAUUACAAUAUGUGCUGGAAUUAGCAACAGGGUUAUAAGUGAACCACUCAACGCAGAAUUGGUAUCAUCCACAACUGUGUCGCUUUCUACUGAUACUUAUUUCUUCCAACGUGUCCAAAGUUCAUGUAGUCUAACAACUGCUAGUAGUAGUUCAGGAUAUAAUUCUUCUGAAAGAAGGGUGUCUUCAGAUUUUGAUUUAAAGGUUGAGGAUGAGAGCUUAUGCAGUCAGCUUAUAGAUCUCAAGUUAGAAGCCGAGGUUUCGAGGAGUAAGGCACUUGCAGAGCUUGUAAAGCGAAGAAAACUGGAAUCAGAAGCUAUGGAAACCAUAAGCAAGGUCAAUGUAUUUAAGUCUGCCCAUGCACGUGAAAUCAAACUUAGAAAAGAGGCUGAGGAUGUUCUGAGAACUACAUUAGAGGAACAAGAAAAACUCUUGGAAGAAAGAGAAGAGAUAACUAAAGAACUUCGAAGGACCAUGAGAAAUGUUGCUCUUCUAGACAGUCGUGCCCAGGAAGCCAAUCGUAGGCAUGAUGAAGCUGUGGGGGAAUGGAACCUAAUUCAAGCAUCAAUUGCAACUCUAAGGCAGGAAAAGCAGCGGAUUCGACGACAGAAGAUGGAGGCCCAACACUGGCUUGAGCGUUGGAGAAGUCAUGGACAAGCUGGAGCUGCAAACUGUAAUGGUCUCAUUGGGUUUGUUGAAGAAUUACCUGAUUUGGCAGAAUUCUCAUUGUCAGAUGUGCAAACUGCAACAUGUAAUUUUUCUGAAAGCUUCAAAAUCGGAGAGGGAGGCUAUGGUUGUGUUUACAAGGGGGAAAUGUUGGGUAGAACUGUUGCUAUUAAGAAGCUGCAUCCACAUAACAUGCAAGGUCAAUCAGAGUUUCAACAAGAGGUACAAGUUCUUGGCAAAUUACAGCAUCCUCAUCUUGUGACAUUACUUGGCAUAUGCCCAGAAGUGUGGUCCAUUGUAUACGAGUACUUGCCCAGUGGCAGCCUCCAAGAUCACCUUUUCCAGAAAAGCAACAUUUCUCCCUUGACAUGGAAGACCCGAACACGGAUCAUUGCUGAAAUCUCCAGUGCCCUUUGCUUCUUGCACUCUUCGAAACCUGAAAAGAUUGUUCAUGGAGAUUUGAAACCCCAAAACAUACUCCUAGAUUCUGAACUCAGCUGCAAGAUAUGUGACUUUGGGAUUUGCAGGCUCAUAACUGAGGACAACCUAUGUUGUCCCAGUUUUCGCCGGAACACUGAACCAAAGGGUGCUUUCCCAUACACAGAUCCAGAGUUCCAGAGAAUUGGAAUCCAGACUCCCAAAUCUGAUAUUUAUUCUUUUGGGAUAAUCAUUUUGCAAAUGCUCACAAGAAGACCUCCAGUUGGCUUAGCAGGUGAGGUUCGCAAGGCAUAUUCAUGUGGGAAAUUAGGAUCGAUCUUGGAUUCAUCAGCUGGGGAAUGGCCUAUUUCUGUGGCUGGGCGAUUGGUUGACCUUGGGCUGCAAUGUUGCGAGUUGAGCAGUAGGGGUAGACCGGAUCUAACACCUUCCCUGGUGCGGGAACUAGAGCAGUUGCAUGUCUCUGAAGAACGGCCAGUGCCAUCUUUCUUCUUGUGCCCAAUUCUUCAGGAAAUAAUGCAUGAUCCGCAAGUUGCAGCCGAUGGAUUCACUUAUGAAGGUGAAGCCAUCCGUGGAUGGUUGGAAAAUGGUAAAGAGACUUCGCCAAUGACAAACUUAAAACUGAAUCACUUGCAUCUUACUCCCAAUCAUAUCCUCCGGCUUGCUAUUCAGGAGUGGCUUUGCAAAUCAUGAAAUUUCGGUAAUUUAUGAUUGUAAUCUUUGUUGUAUAGUAUAUGCCCUUAUGGAAAGUAUCACUGAAUUUGAUUCAUUCGAAGCCAAGCGUUAUGUUGUAUUUAUACAUGUAUAGCAGUACGUACCUUUAAGGUCAUCCCUCUCAGUUGUAGGUUUAACAGUGGUAGGAUUAGGGAUUGGUUGGUUUGUUGUUACUGUUUGGGAUGAAUCAAUGAGCUAAAUGAGGAAAAUAACCAAUGAUAUGCAA